UUUGAUGGAUUCGAGAGCAGGCAAAUUAAGACCCUCUUUAUGUUUAAAAGCAGGAGAUGGGGUAGAAAGAACGGCAGCAUAGAAGAUGGCAAACUUUGUUCUGCAACUUCCAAACAACUUGAGGAGCUUUACUGUUUUUGCUUCUUCAAAUGGGAGGGCUCCCAGUAGUAGCAGUAAUGGUGAUGGUGGUGAAAAUGGAGGGCCGGUGGUAGUGGAGCUUCCUCUGGAUAAGAUAAAGAGACCCCUUAUGCGUACAAGAGCUAAUGAUCCUAACAAAGUUAAAGAAUUGAUGGAUAGUAUUAAAGAAAUUGGCCUCCAAGUACCUAUUGACGUGAUCGAGGUGGAAGGAAAUUACUAUGGUUUCUCUGGAUGUCACCGGUUUGAAGCUCAUCAGCGCCUUGGCCUCCCCACUAUCCGCUGCAAAGUUCGCCGUGGAACCAAAGAAACUUUGAGGCACCACCUUCGUUAAGUUUCUGCAAGUUUCUUAGCCAGGAUCGGUAAUCAUCGGUUCCCUGGUUCCCAAUGUAUUUUAAUAAUGUACCCUAAAUUUAAUGUCGCCUAUUACAUAUUCAUUGAGCUUGUUGUUCAUUGACUUGUACCAUAACUCAUGAUUUGGUGAUUUAAAAUUGAAUAUAAAAGUAAUAACAUAUUAUCUGCA